AUGGACGCCGUCACUAGAGGCGCCAAGUUGGGCCACCACAGCUCCUCCAGCAGCUCAAUCUCGAAUCCCCGGUCGAUCCCGGACCACCCGGUCGAUAGCUCCACCGACUUCAUCCUUCUGGUCGAGGAUCGUCUCAACAAGCUAGCCAAGAAGCCCGAAAGCCCGUAUCCCUCGAAUCGCGCGCCGUUCAGCUUCCCCAACGGCGAGACGUUCACGCCUCGACUCACUUCGCAAAAGCGCAACAAGCCCAAGAAGAUCUUCCAUGGCCACAACUUGCCUCCGACAAAUAGACCCAACAACGUCCUGAGGCUGAACUCCAUACGGCUGGACAUCCAGUCCCACUUGCCCCGCAGCUCAUCCAUGGUCCUGCUUCCGCUGCUUCGAUCGUUUGGCGAUAUCCCGGGCCCGCAUCCAGCUAGUGGCCUGACCACUUCUCUUUCCAAGCAUUCGUUCUUGACGAGAAGUCCUUCGAUGAACAAUGUGCGCACCAAAAAGAAAGACUUGGCUGCGUUCAUUCGCACAAUGAAAACCGACACACCUACAAACAUUGACAUUGGCGCCCUACAGUCGUCGUCACAUGUGCCUCAACCUCGCCUUAAUUCUUUGACCAAUAACCGCUACCAAAAAGGCUCCAACAAUAUUGUUGUCCUGGAGCUGAUGCUCAAAAGCCCAGACCUCACUGCCGAGAGCUCGAACUUCAGAACCCUCAGUAUAGGCAACAACAGCUCCCAUUCUACCAAAGUGGGAUCUGACAAUACUCCAAGCUCCAAUCCAUCUAGUGUGUCAAACUACAACGUCAAUCGUUCGGACUCAAAUACCCCGGAAACUUCCGUCUCGGCUUCAGAUUUGGCCACGGAGCCCGUUGUCAAGUCUGAAAUCUUGGCAGGAACUGCUCUAAAAGAUCUUCCAGAGGAGUCAAAAAUGAACUCGUUUUCGCCUUCGAGAACUGAAUCUGCAACUCUAUCAGUGGUAUCAUCUCGGUCAUCAUCAUUUGCAAGUGCUGACGAAUAUCCGUCCAGCGAGAGGCUUGAUUUUGAAACAAAACCUCAGGCACAAGGCACCGCUUCAGAACAGAGUUCUGCCGACGAUGAUGUCUCGACAAGUGAUGCUGAUUCGGUCAGUGAUCAUCCAAAAUUGCUCGAAUCUCCUCCUGUAAACGCGCAAUUAGAUGAACUGGUGGGGCUGUCCCAAGCUGAACAAGCUGCUGGUCAUGAAUUGACACUGAUAGCUGGCAACAGCUCGGAUUCUGUCGAUCACUCCAUCAUAGAUGCAAGCUCCAAUUUGUCUCUGAAAGUAAACUCGUCGAAAUCAUCCAUAAAUCCCCCUGAAAAUAGCUCGGAAGAUAACAGCAAGAACACUAUUGAGAUUAAUGCAGGUGUUGAAACUCCUUCUACACUUAGCUUUGUUGAUACAACAAGCUCCCCAGCUUCCAAAGUUUCGAUGAAGACGGCUACUAAUGAGACAGAAGGAGAGUUAAGCCAAGGUGGACAACCAGACGAAACAACAGAAGAGGUCACGAGACAGUCAGCUCGUUCGUUUAAACCUGCUAAAGACACUGAAUCAUUGCCCUCUCCAACCGUUUCAAAAGAGAAUACACUUCAUGAAGCCCCAUUGUCGCCGGAUUUGGAGGAGAAGCUUCAGAGAGCGGCUCUGGAGUGCGAGCUGUUAUCUCAACAUGUUGGUGCUAGAUUAUCUAAGUCUCAGAAUCGUGAUUCUGAAGUGCUGAACGGGGAAAUGCCUCAUGCUCAUGAACAAACUACUGCAAGUGACCUAUAUGAGUUGAAACAGCCCUCAUCAUCGUUGACUGAACGCAGAAAUCCAGGUCUCUCGUUACCUUUACCCACCAUGCAACACAAAUUUGUCCCUCCUUCUGGUGCAGGCACACCUAGAUCGACUGAUACCCUUCCAAGCCUUCUUAAGACGGAGGAGAGUGAGUUCAAAUCGCCAAUUCCCCAUUCUGCUCAUAGCGAUCAUGAAAAUUCUCCAAGCAGCAGAGUCUCAAUGUACUCCACUCAGCAAUUGCAAAAGUUCUUCGACGACGACCAAAAAGAAGUACCGCCCAGAGGCGACAUCCUGGCGAUGGAAGCCCACAAACGCUACUCGGCAACAUCGUCAUUUGGCUCAGCGCUCCCAAGCCCCAAGGCUUUCCAGCUAAAAGCAUUUCCAGAAAGUCCAGAUAACUCAGAGAGCAUUCUUAAGAACAGACUCUCGUUGCUUGGUGUGGUAAACGUCGAUUUUGACAAGUCCUUGCCCGCCUCGCCAGCAAUUGAGAAUGUGAAGGAUAAGUGGAAUCUCUCUGCUUUGAGCGUUGAGUCGCCUUCUCGUGAGUCUUUACAAAUCAAAUCUGAGCCCAAAGCAUCACCCAAGAAGGAACAAAACGAGAAGGGGAAAUCAGGCUUCAGAAAGAUGUUCAAGAUUUUUUCUUCCAAAUCCAGUGCAAAACUCACCAAAUCUUCUAGCGCUUCUUCUUCUUCUCUGUAUGCUGAAGCUCAUAGCAAGAAAAAAUUCCUCUCAUCAUUCAAGCUGACUUCCAAAUUGUCUCCAACUUACAAUGUGAAUGACGACAAAAACCCAAUGGACAUAAAGAUGACCAAGCCAGAUGACGAGGCUGCUUUGCCUGUCGAGAAACCGUCAUAUGAUUUGCCUGCUCUUGAAUUCGAAGACAUUUUUUUCAAGGAUGUUUUGGUCAAAUUCGACGAGGUUGAGCAACAAGCCCAAUCUGAAGUAGAUCGUUUGAAAAGAAACAAGAGCAUCAACAACUUGUUUUUGAAAGAUGACGAGCUUUCUAAGGAUCAAAUCGCCAACCAACAACAGAAAGAUGCGGGAUACUCUGACGACUUUUUGCCAUUAGAUGCUGGCAAAAGACCCGACUUGGGUGGUUCUGGUAGACCAUCAUAUGCAUCGUAUUCGGAGGAACUAAUCGCUGAAUUGCCCAUUGGAUCGGAAAAAUCCCUUGUGCUCUCAAAGGAAGAGAUUGGAAGCAUUCUCGCCAAUCCCGGUAGCUUAACGUACCAAUUUUUGCGUUCGCUCAGACAAUAUGCUGAUCUGAAUGAAGUUACAGUGAAGUUGACUGGGUUCGAUCCGUUGAACGAUACUCAAGUGGACACCUCUGGACCAAAGGCCCCAAUUCUCAGCCAUAAGAAGAACUAUAGAGCCAGAAAAAGCGUCAAGUUCGCGAAUGUGAUUCACAUCAGUGAGACAUUCGACCCAGACAUGUACAAGCGGUACAACAGAUCGGUGACGCAUUAUUAUUUGACGGAGUUUGCUGAGGUGAACCGAAUCAAAAACGAGUUGAACUACUAUAAAUGCCACGAGAUGCUUGUGCACCAAAAAUCUCAAUGCAACACUCAUUUUUUCUACUAA